UGCUCCGGAACCGCUCUGUGCCGGCCGCGGGCAGCAUGUCCGCCUCCUCUUCCAGAAGGAAGAGCAAGGGGCGCCCGGCCGCGGGCGGUGGCUCCCCUCGGGAUGCGCCCCUCGGAGCUGCCGCGGGCGGGCCGCUGGCGCUGCGCGUCGCCGACGCCGUGGAGGCAGGAGAUGACAAAGUCCCGAAGAUGCUGCGCAGAGCUCUGGCACAGCUGUCGCUGAACAGCAUGAAAUCGGCAGAUCUCUGCAUAGGGAGGCCGGCCCUGCUCACCUCCGCUGAGGGGCGGCAGGAGGUCUGUAUUGCCUGGCCCACCACAGGCUUCCCAGGGGGAAGAAUUGGGCUGGGUGAAACCACACAGAAGAACCUGAAAGUAAAUCCAGGUGAUGCUGUCACUGUGCAGCCUGUGACUGGUGCAGUCAUCCAGGCAGAGGAAGUCGAUGUAAAGUUGAGGGACAAAGAUGCCAUCGUGAAUGCUGAGGAAAUGUCUGUCUGUCUACUGAGAAACCUUGAUGGGAAAAUAGUCCUGCCAGGAAACCUCUUGGCUUUCACUUACUACGGCAAGCUUUGCAACAUCGUGGUGAUGAAAGUGAAGGGGACUGACGGUGCCGAGCUGAUUGCCCAGGGCAGCGCCGUUCCCAGCGACUUCAAUGAGCCAGACCUUGAGAGAUCAGAUUUGGGGAGCAGUGCCUUAGACCUGUCCUUACAGCUCAGCAGGAUGGACAUUGGUGACAGCCCAGAGGUUGCCUCCACGAGCACCCCGAGCAAAGCCGUGGAUCCAGGCUCACCAGCCACACCCUGCGCUCCCGACUCCGGGCACAGAGACAAAACCUGCAGCGCGGGAAAUGGUGCAGACCUCACCCAAGAUCUGGAGCUGGCUGGGGAGCACAGCACUGAGGGACUCCCACUAACUGGCAAAAUCGGAGCAAUGAGCAAUACAGAUUGUUUUUACUACAUUUCUUCAAGAACUAAAAUCAAUUUUAUUGAACCAAGGACUGGUGUAGCAGAGGAUGGCGACUCUGAGUCCCGGGUCACCUAUGACAUGAUAGGAGGCUUAAGCAGCCAGCUCAGAACUAUUAGAGAAACUGUUGAACUGCCCUUGAAGCAACCUGAACUGUUCAAGAGUUACGGGAUCCCUCCUCCUAGGGGAGUGCUGCUCUAUGGCCCUCCAGGAACUGGGAAGACCAUGAUUGCCAAGGCCAUCGCAAACGAGGUUGGCGCUCACGUUACCGUCAUUAACGGCCCUGAAAUCAUAAGCAAGUUUUAUGGGGAGUCUGAGUCAAGGUUACGUCAGAUAUUCGCUGAGGCUUCUCUCUGUCGCCCCUCAAUUAUAUUUAUAGAUGAGUUGGAUGCACUCUGUCCAAAGAGAGAAGGGGUUCAGAACGAAGUGGAAAAGAGAGUUGUUGCUUCACUCCUGACAUUAAUGGAUGGCAUUGGCUCAGAAGGCAGUGAAGGGCAGCUGUUGGUCCUUGGGGCCACCAAUCGCCCUCAUGCCUUGGAUGCAGCACUGCGCAGGCCGGGGCGUUUCGAUAAGGAAAUAGAAAUUGGAAUUCCCAAUGCCCAGGACCGUCUGGACAUACUCCAGAAGCUUCUCAAGAAGGUUCCCCAUUCACUCACAGCAGAGCAGUUGGCCCAUCUGGCUGACAGUACACAUGGUUAUGUGGGUGCAGACUUGGCAGCCUUGUGCAAGGAAGCAGGUUUGUACGCCCUGCGGAGAGUGCUGGGGAAGAGGCCCGGCCUGUGGGACGCUGCGGUGGCUGGGUCAGUGAUGAUUGCUUUCAAUGACUUCCUGCAGGGGAUGAAUGAUGUCAGGCCCAGCGCCAUGAGGGAGGUGGCAAUUGAUGUGCCAAAAGUAUCUUGGUCAGACAUAGGAGGAUUAGAAGAUGUCAAGCUGAAGUUGAAACAGGCAGUUGAAUGGCCUCUCAAACAUCCAGAGUCCUUCAUCCGAAUGGGGAUCCAGCCUCCCAAAGGUGUCCUGCUUUAUGGACCUCCUGGGUGCUCAAAAACCAUGAUAGCAAAAGCUUUGGCUCAUGAAAGUGGCCUCAACUUCUUGGCAGUGAAGGGGCCUGAGUUGAUGAAUAAAUACGUUGGUGAGUCUGAGCGAGCAGUGAGAGAGAUCUUCAGGAAAGCCAGAGCAGUGUCUCCUUCAAUUCUUUUCUUUGAUGAAAUAGAUGCCUUGGCAGUUGAAAGGGGAAACUCUUCAGGUGCUGGGAAUGUAGCAGACCGUGUCUUGGCUCAGUUGCUGACGGAAAUGGAUGGGAUAGAACAGCUGAAGGACGUGACAAUUCUGGCAGCUACAAACAGACCGGACAUGAUAGACAAGGCCUUGCUGAGGCCAGGGAGAAUAGACAGAAUUAUCUACGUGCCACUGCCAGAUGCAGCCACUCGCAAGGAAAUCUUCAAGCUUCAUUUCCAGUCCAUGCCAGUCAGUGAUGAAGUCUGCUUGGCUGAGCUCGUGGAGCGCACACAGAAGUACUCGGGAGCAGAGAUAACAGCAGUCUGCAGGGAAGCAGCCCUCCUAGCUCUUCAGGAAGACAUCCAUGCCAAAUCUAUCACGGGCCGGCACUUCCGGAGUGCGCUGACGGUCGUGAGCCCGAGGAUUCCCGACUCGUUAAUCCAGUUUUAUGCAGAUUACCAGCAGCAAAGUGGACUGCACACGCUCUGAAAGGCAAAUUAAUACAUACCCCAUUCACUGUGUGAAUGGCAGAUUUCCUUUGUGAAGCUGUCAGAAGCCAAAGAGUUUUGUACUGUGAGCGAGUGGAGUGUCUGGAGUUAACUGAAUGCAGAAUUGCCGUAAUAAAAGUCCCUGUGGAAGUUGUGUCAUAGGCAUUGUCCUCAACUUUAGAUUUUACCAUUUCAGUGGUAUAACCUGCCUUUUAGAGGAGGUAGUCUGGUUUAAGAGAUUUCUGGUUUAAGUCAGUUUAUCUCAGUUGUAUAUCUGUGUAUCCAAAAAAAAAAAAAAAAAAAAAAAAAAAUCUGAAUUUUGGUGGAUUCUUGGCCCUAAAGAGAGAAGCAACAAAUGCUAUUACUGCCUUCAUUUGUUCCUGCCUCAACCGCAGUUUAAUCCCAGGGACCAUCCCAGUGAAUGGCCUCAUUACAAAAAAUGUUUAAAAUUACUGUGAAUUUUUUGAUUUAUGAUCUCCAACAAAGCUGCUGAACAGGCUUUCUGAGAUAAAGCUGAGGCAUCCUGAUUGCUUACAGCCAAACAUUUAUCGUUGGUCUUUACCAACUCACUUUUAGACAUGCUGGCAGGUAGGCACCUUAAAAAACUGUCCAGCCCUUCACUAACCUGAAGCCAUUGCCAGGUGUCAGCAAAAGAUUCUUGUUCAUGUUUGUUUCCAUCAAAAUAAAUGGGAAUGUUGAUAAAAUAUGUAAUUUAAAGCUGUCCACUUAAAAUCUACAAUGAACCCUAAUUAAUGGAUGAGAAAACUUUCUUGCAAGAACUGUUUUAAAUGGCCACAAAAUACUUCAGGGACAGAUAAAAUCUCCUCAGGUUGUUUCUUUGUUAUAUCGUCUGUUGAAACGAUGACAAGUCCUUGUGGGCUCUCUGCUCUCGCACUCAGGAUGAAAUGCAGUUAAGCAAACUAAUAUUCAGCUUUUUUCCCCCACAAAAGAAAGGCUUUUCUAGUCCAGACAUAAAAAGUUGAGGAAAAGGUAAACCAAAGCCGACGCGAAUUUCAACAGAAAGGUAAUUUCUUCACCUAGAUUAUGGUUUUGCUCUCUUUGCUUCCACACUGUACACAUUUCAUAGCUUUUAAACAGAAAUCUGCUAUUUUUAAAUGACAGCUUUUUUAUUACUCUCAUUCUAACCUGCUAUUGCUGUAAUUAGCAUUUCAUUUUACUAUUGCUGUGAAGGAUUAUAGGAUGAGGAAAAGGGGGUCCUUUACUUAGUUCAGCCGAUGUGUAUGAGUUUUUUUUUCUUUUUUUCAUUGUUUUACUCUACUUUUACAUAGUCAGACAGAGGGAAUUAAGAAAAUUAUAAACUGGAAAAGUUGCCUUGGGGAUCAAGACUGCAUCUGAAACUACUUUAUCCUUCUUUUCUAAAUUCUACAUACUCCAGCUUAGAGCUCAGGAUGUGAACCAUUCAUCAUAACCAUUAAAUUUUGAGGUUUCCAGAAAUUAAAUGCCAUACCUUUAUCCCCUGGCACUUCACUCCAGUGUCUGCUCCUGAAGGGAGGAAAGAGAGACUGCAGUUCUCACUGCCAGUAAUGAAUUCUGUUUGUGAUUUUGUAGCCUAAAAAUAACACUGUGUGGUGCUCCAGAUGAGUGUUAAAACUAGAUGGCCAUUCCUUGGGAAGUGUUCAGGUUUAUUGGGAACAUGCACCAAGGAGUGAAUGUGAACUGAGAAACUACAAGAGGGGCAGGUGGGAGCUGGCUGCCCUGUCCGUUUGUGGAAUCCUGCUGCCAUCAGAGGGAAAUUCUGCACAUCAAAUUUGAGGACAGUAGGAGGGAAUGCUGGCCCAUGUCUGCUGUUUGUGCCUUGGGAAAAAUCCCAUCCCUGCAAACAUUUAUCCUUUUACCUGUGUGGUGCCACGUGGGCACCAAAUCUCUUGAUACACACCCAUAUAUGCCUGAAGUGAUUUUAAAUAUAGGAAGCUCCCCUUUUUAUCCUUGGGUUUGUGAAAUUUGAUUUUUUUAAAAAAUAAGAUGUUCUUAAAAAAAAAAAAAAGCAAUGACAAAUUUGUGAAGUCCUCAGGAGGUGUCUGUUGCUCCCAAAAAAUUCUGUUUGGUAAACUUUGCCAGUCUGAUGCCAGUCAGGAUCUUACUCCAUCCCAAGCCACUCUUAAAUUGAGAUUUAAAGGAAGCUAUGAUGAUUCCCUGUAUCUUUCCUAAAGACAGAUCACUGCUACAGUGGAUGAGCAAAUUGAAACCUGGGUAUCAGAAUUCUGGAAAAUGACCAAAAAUUUGGUUUUGAUUAAAACACAGUGUAGCCCUUUCAUGAUCCAGCUUGGUGAGAGCUGUUGCACCCUGAGCCUCUCGUUGGAACUUACUGAUGAGGGCACUGUAGGACAGAGCACUCCAGGAGCAUCUCCUGUCAUUUACAGGAGCGAGUUUUGAUUCAGAGCUGACUCCUGAAAAUGUGUUUUGCUGAACACCUCGUGCCUUGGCACCCACUCAGAUCUCUUGCAGUGUGAGCCCAUAAAAGCCUGAAUACCUCUGUGCUGCAGAGCAACUCAAAGAUAGAGGCACUCUCUCUUCUGCUGGGUUUUGUUGUUGUGUUUCCACGAGAUUUAAUUUUAAUAAAAGGAUUGAGGAUCAGUGAAUCACAGCAGAGAAGGCAGCUGAGAAGAACAUCUCUGUCCCAUCCUCUCUUUAACUGCCUAGACUUCCUAGGCUUACUUCUUUAAGUUUUUUAGAAACACGGUCUUUUUCCUGCCUGCUGUUAUCUUUUGGAGCUGGUUUUUGGCCCAAAUACUGCUUGAGUUGCAGAAUUGUUAACAUUAAAUCAACUUUUCAAUGUUUCAGGCACACUUUGUUUGAAUAAAAAAUCUACCUUUUUCCUCCAAUAACAACGUCUUGCAAAAUGGCAUAAAAUGUCUUUUGACAGUUUGGCCAGAAAUGACCAGGAGAAUAUUUAUGAUCAAAAUGCAAAAUUGUCUUCACUUAACUUGAAAAAAAGUUCACUCCUGUGUUCUACCUAAUGCAUAAAACAGAUUUUCACUGCAAGUAUGAUAUACAAUUCUUAAUCCUAGAAGAAAGAAUGAGGUUUAUUGUGGAUAGUUUUCUGCAGCCUCUAAAUGAGAGUGGAACAUAAGUUUUACCAAGCUCAGGUGGCAAGGGCAAACAUCAGAGACAGAAUAAAAACCAUUUAUUUCAAAGUUGUUUAUUCAAAAUCAUUGAAUUUAGACUUGUCAGCCCUUUUAAAUAUUAUGUCUUUAAAGCUGAUUUUUGUGGGCUCUGUAUCCUGGCUCUUUCAGCUUCUUUACUCAUUUUGAAUGCCAAAGUGUGGUGAUUCCCCUCUGGAAGCUGGACACAUGCCAAACAAUGCUCCAGGAACUGAGCAGCCAUGGAAGGCUGGAAGUGAUGUUUCCUGGUGAAGAAGGAGUCUGAUUCAGCUGAUGGGGUGUGGAGAGGGGAAAAGUGGAAGCCAGAUGUGGUGUUUUGUCCUGAGGAUGAAGUUCAGUGAUGGACACAGGUUGGUGGGCAGGAGAACUGUCUCUGCUUAUUGCAGUCAGGGCUGUGAGGAGCCUGACCCUGAAAGGUUUUGGUUGUUUCUGGCUCUGCCACAGAAAGCAGCUGAUGUGUGGGUGAAACAGAACUGCCAGCUCCAGAAAUGCUGCUGUCCAGGGCUUGUGGUAUCCUAGUAUGUAGUGCUGGAAUUUGGGAGGGAUUUGACCUUGAAGAAGAAGAGUCACGCACUGAAGGUGUCAUAACCUUGGUGGAAGGUCCUAAAAGAAUGAGUGAAAAGAGGCACAAAGAACUUGCCUUGCUUCCUGUGAUCCCAAAGCUGGGAUAAAACCAGCUGUGCUUCCAUUCAUGCUCCCAAGCCUUGGGAUUACUCCUGUGCUGAUGCAGUCUGGGGCAUAGGAGACAGUUUGCAGUGGGAGCAGAGUUACAUUCGGAAAAUCAGUUUUACAUUGGGACCCCUUUGUAUUUGUAUUUAAUAUUGUUGCUACGGUUGUAGUGAAUUUUUAUCUCCUAGGAACCCCAAAAGCUUUUGCUGAUGGCUUUUUCUGUUUGACAUGGAAGACAACACCAAAGGUGAUAUUAAUGUGCGCAGUUUGAUAAACAGCUUUUCCAAGGUAGUAGGUGCAAGAGGCAGAAUUUCUGUUGUUGCUGUGCAAUGUUUUCCCCAUUUGGCAGGUCAACAACAUCUGUAAGAGAAAUAUUUCAGCUGAAACCUCCUCCUGAUCUCGGGGUUUGUGUCAGCUCCUUCUGGAAGUGCUACCUGUUCAUUUAUUCAUCUCCUCUGCUGGAAACUUAACUGUGCGUUUUCACCAGGGCUUUAUGUGUGCUGUGUUAAACGUUUUAAAUGGUGUCAUUCUUCCAUGCAGACUUAAAUCCAACAGCUCCAGAGCCCUGACAGAGAAGGAGAUGUGUGUUUUCUCUGUUAACUGGCCUGCCAAGGACAGGAGGGAUGAGGGGGGAGAGAGCCCCUCUCUGUGUUUGCGUGGCAGGACUCCAGCGAGAGCGCAGGUGUUGCGAGAGGAGGCAAUGGCAACCAGAUGACAUUCCUUCCCCUUGGACUAGCGUGGAGCCAUUGCUCAAACUGAUUGUGGGUCCAGCACUUGGACUGGAUCAUCUUAAUGGUUCAUUUCCAACCUAAAUGAUUCUGUGAUACCCUUCCAAUAAAAUUGGAGGCUAGCUUGUUGUCUGCGUGUGCCUGUGUAAAAUCCAUGACAUUAAAGCUUAGGUUCCUCUAAACUAGAUUAGGGGGGUGGAAUCACUCUUGGCAACUGCUGGGAAGAGACUAGAAGAUAGUCCAGACAGUGAUUUAUCCCAGCUGAGAGGUGAACUACCUUUCUGGAGGAGCUGAUGGGGCAGCUGAUGUCAGGAGAGGCCCUCAACACUUAUCUAGAGAAAGUGCCUUGAGGUAGAGAGAAGGAAUUAAGAGCAGCAACCCUCGAUAUAUUGAGAAAAAUAUUUUAUUAACUUGUGAAAAUAUAUCCUGUUUGCCUAAAUGGUUCUGG